CAAUUCCAUUGCCGGCUGAUCGAAACUGGAGAAAAUCGGACCAGAAUCAUUGAUCAUCGCAAUCGCGGUAAUAGUGAUUACAAGCAAUUGCGAGCGAGAGAGGAGAACUUGUAUUUUCGCGGCGAUUUGAGUUCUCAGGACACGGUAAAAUUUGCGACGACCCUGUAUGUUCAAUUGCAGAAACGUGACGUUGAUGAUUGGCAAGAAGUCCUUCGGAAUUUCUCGCGAAAUAUGCUGGCUUUGAAAGCGACCGUUGUUAGUUGCUCCUUUAGAAGCACUCGUAUCCUUGGAAAUUUCCUUCUGAGAAACAGCUCGGCUUCCAUCGAACCCAAAGGAAAGAUGUCGUUCGAAGAUGAGAAACAAAGGUUCAUGAACAUGCCACCAGAGGAAAAGAGAGGCUUUUACAAGGGAGAGGUAAUUACUCUUGAACAGAUUUCUACAUGGUCAGAGUACUGGGAUAAAAACAAGUCUAAUAUCACCAAGGCUGUUGAAAAGGCUGAAAAAGUCGAUGAGACCCUAGCUAAGAAAGUAUGUAUGUGGCAAGGAGACAUAACGUCGCUUGAGAUAGACGCAAUUGUCAACGCUGCUAAUUCGAGUCUUUUAGGAGGUGGUGGAGUUGACGGAGCUAUUCAUCGAGCAGCAGGACCAUAUUUAAGGAAGGAAUGCGCGACGUUAAAAGGAUGCAAAGUUGGCGAAGCUAAAAUCACAGGAGGUUACGAGCUGCCAGCCAAAUAUAUUAUCCACACGGUUGGUCCACAAGGUGAAAAGCCGGAUAAAUUAAAAGAAUGUUACGAGAAUAGUUUGACUCUGGCUAAAGAGAAUCGUUUGCGUACUAUCGCAUUUCCAUGCAUAUCAACUGGAAUUUAUGGAUAUCCACAAAGGCCAGCGGCCAAAGUAGCUAUAUCGACCGUUAAAAAGUUUCUCCUCGAUAAUAAAGAUACUGUGGACAGAGUCAUCUUUUGCUUAUUUAUGGACACUGAUAAAGACAUAUAUGAGGAGCUAUUGCAAAAAUACUUUGCCCUUGAUUAAAUAUUUGUUGAUAGAUAAAUUUCUACUUCAGCAAAAUCCUUCACAACGUGUUUGGUGUAAUCUUAGAUAUUGUAUUUGAGGAAUAAGUAUC